AUGUUGAGGCGAUUCCGGCCCUUCUUGAGCAGCCGGCACAAGUAUGUCGCCGUGGUAGCUCUGCUGGUCCUCCUGGUGCUCGUCAGGGGUCUCCCGUUCGGGUCGCACCGCCAGGAUGCCGAUGUGGGCGACCGCCCACGGUACCUGUAUCGCUCCGCCUUCCGCGAAAACCCCGAUACUGCCUAUGAGAGGCAGCUCUCAGAGGCCCUGCGCGAUAUCGAGCGCCGACAGGUGGCGUUGCAUGGCAAAGGCGGUCCAUCGGAGACAAUAUGGCAGAUUAUCCUUGGCAAAGAGCCCAGUGCGGAGCACCGAGGUGCCGAUUCGCUACAGUUCCAGGAGAAGAACCCGGAAUGGGCGUACAAGCUCGUCACCACUGAAUGGGCCGAGGAAUUCGUGACAAUCACGCUGUCCUCUAUACCAGGCCUCGCGAGCCUCUACCAUGCCUAUCCCCACCACGUCCUUCGGGCAGAUCUACUGCGGUACUUGAUACUGUGGUACCAUGGCGGCUACUAUGCCGACGGGGAUAUCUUUCCGGCGCGAUCGAUUAAGGAAUGUCCGUCGCUUCAAGACUCCGUAUUCGAAACCGAAGAUCCUGAUAUCUCCCUCGUCGUGGGCAUUGAAAUCGACGAACCUUUUGCCUCGCCCCAGAAGAUGCGCGACUGGCACUGGGUCCGAAGCUAUAGCUUCAUUCAGUAUACCAUUUUUGCACCGCGUCGGUUCAGCCCUCUUCUGCGAGAAGUGAUUGUACGAGUCUUGUCUCACACAAAGCGUCAUCUUGACGAGAGCAACAUCUUUCUGGGAGCACGGUACAAUGAACUGACCACGCUGGAAAUCACCGGGCCUGGUGUCUUUACCGAUGCCAUACUAGAUGUGUUGUCUAACACCCUUCCAGCCUCGCACCCCUUUGUUUCCGAAUCGGUGGCAGCAGACAAGGGCCUGGGCGAUCUCAUUUCACCAUCCACAGGUGGUCUCACGGAGCGUGUGACCUGGGCUCCAUUUCACCGAAUCUCUGAUCCCCGCUGUGCUAAGGGUAUGGAGGCUAAGAAUGGGGCUGAACUGGGUGGACUAUGUGUGUUGCCUGUCAAUGCCUGGGGUAAUGGACAGAGACACAGCGGAGCUGAGAACUUCCAGAGCGCCCACGCGUGCGUCAACCAUCGAUUUGGCGGGACGUGGAAACCAUGGAAGCAGACUUGGAAGAAGUAUUUAUUUGGUUGA